ACAUUAAGGUUUGAAAGUAAGCAUACUUACUUCAAACAAUGUGCAAGGAAGCUUCAUAACUUCAAAAACCUCUGCAAAACUCUUGCUGAAAGACAUCAACUUUUACAAUCUUUUCUAAGUACUGGGUCACUGUUCCCACCCUCUGUAGUAGUAGAGAAGGGAACUGAAUUCAUUGCUGGAGACUACAAUGCCAAGAUAAUACAGUCAGUUGGUCAUCUGAACUUUGAUCCUCUUCAUACACUUAUAAGUCAUAGUGUGACUGUAAAAGGGACAACUUAUAAGAGCAACAUGUUUGUGGUGAUAGGCCAUAAUGAUGACGGACUUAUAGUAGGACAAAUCAAAAAGGCUAUCAUUCAUAACAAUUCAGCUGUGUAUUUUAUCACUGAGGUAUACCAGGCUGUUCGUCAACCUUACAGUAACAGUUAUUGCACUACACCAAUGCAGGAGGCCUAUUACUGUGUCAGUCAAUCAGAGCUUCUUGAUUAUUACCCACUGCCUAAAUAUUCAGUUUGUGGCAUGUCUUUGGUAACUCUUCACCACUCUGUCCCCACAUUUUAGAUUCCUUUCCUACAUGUCAAUCCAUAACGAGAUAAAGGCUAUCAUCCUCAGGGCUUUGCCCAGUCUGACUGAGGAGAUUCGAGAACAUGUCAUCACUUCACUUGAACGCUCAGGUGUGGAAUCUAUAGAAGACCUCGUAUAUGUACAACAGGAAGAUCUCAAAGAUGUCCUGCCUAUUAUACAGCAAAGGAAACUUUUGGAGGCAUUCAAACUUGAAACUACAAAAGUCACACUUGAUCUCCAAAUAUUGCCAGAUGAGUCAACAGAUACAAGUAUGUCUUCACUCUCCAGUCCACAGCCUUGCACAUCUUCAAGCUCAAGCUCUUCACGAGCAUCAACACCUUGUACUUUAAGCAAGGCAAGCCAAUCACCCAACAUAUCCAGUAAGUGGUAUGAAAAUUUUGAGAUUCCUUGGGAUAAAAUGCCUGUGGAAGUGCAGUCAGCUAUUGCCAACAGCAAGCGCCCUGCUCCUGACAAGCGACGCCAGAUGAUACGUAUCCUAGCUGAUGAAAUCAGGAAAUGUGAGAAUAACCCCACACGCAAUGAAUGUCUCAUCAUCUGCCGCAACAUUGUUAAGCAUUUCCCCAACAGUUUUGCAGAUAUGACACCAAGCGGUGUCAUCAUUGGUAGUGGAUGUACUUCACUGCUUUGUCAAUUAAAAACAAGAAUUGAGAACAUGAACCGUGCAGGGACAAAGAACAGACUCCGAACUUCAAAAGUGCCUGGACAACAGCAUCAGAGGCCAAGUGAUUCUUAUGGAUGCACACAAUUUAACCCUGAACUGCCACCAGAAGAAACAUAUGAAACACUGGAGCAGAAGAGGCAACAGUUGGAGACCAUUUAUAGACAAGAAGGUAUUCGCAGUGGUGAGAAGGGGGAAGUGAUUAACCUUAUGAAAACAACAUUCUGUCUUCAGCGUAGACACAUAAAUCAGGCUCCAUCACCGUCCAUCGAAGAUAUGAGAAUCCAGUGGCCUUACCUUUUUACACAAAGAGGUAUCUUCAUUCACUUCGAGUUACUAACUGACAUUAACGUGUUACGUGUCUUGGACCUAUCCAUUAAGGAAUGUGGACAGGGAAUCAGGAAGUACCUGCAGACCAAAUCAAAGAACAAAGAUGUGCAGUCUAUCGUCACCCAGGAUGAAGAUGGAGAGUUGACUCUAAUACAGCUGCUGAUGGCCUACUUCGAUGAAGGGAUAGAGGGACUAAUACUCCGUGCUGAUAUAUCUGCCACGGCAGCAGAUGUUGAGAGCACUCUGACCAUCCCCGCCUCUCCACGACUGAUACUGCUGUUUGCCGGUGAUGAAGCCACAAUUGGAGGAUGGAUGAUCACCAUCGAAAAUCAUGUAAUCUGUGAAGGUGUCGACCAAAGCAUCAUCACAGGGCUAGCUGCAGUUUUCUCUACUUACUACAUCUUUAAUCUACAGUACCAAGAAGAAGCUUCAAGGACCCUGGAGUUUGUACAAAGGCGCUUCAUUGGUUUGAAUCCAGAGAGAGGGACAAAGGCCAGCCAGGUGAAGGUGAUCUCCAAAAAGACGGGGAAACUUGUCCAUAAAAAGACUGCAACUGUGAAUGUCCACGUAGCCAACCUGAUAAAAAAUCUUUUGGACUUUGAGUGGGGUUUUGUGCAGUAAUACAAAGCCAGUACAGCUGAUGUUCAACAUCCUGUUUCAGAGCUGAAGUCGCUGCUGUGCUCUGCAGUUGAGUGUUAAUGCAAAGUCAGUACAUUGUUCUGCAUUUGAGUGUUCAGUUGAAGUCAGUGCAGUAUUCUGCGAUUGAGUGUUAAUGCAAAGUCAGUACAUUGUUCUGCAUUUGAGUGUUCAGUUGAAGUCAGUGCAGUAUUCUGCGAUUGAGUGUUAAUGCAAAGUCAGUGCAGUGUUCUGCUGUUGAAUUCUUAUGUGAAAUCUGAAAUGACAGCACUUUUUGCAACAACAUAUUUAAAUUCACAGGAUUUCAGUAUGCUGCUCUUCAGUGUGCAUGUACAUUGCAGAAAAAAGUAUUGCUGUUUUACAGUACAUGUUCAGAGAAUUGUAUUUUGUCCAUUAUUUUAAUGUCCACAUAUUUGUUAAGUGGAAACAAUGUUAAAUGUAUUUUAUAUAUUGGCUUUAAUAAAAGUCCAAAGUUUUAAGGCCAUCUUUUGUGUUUAAGAAAUUUUCUUUUUAGAAUACAAAUUUUAAAUCAUAAAUAACAAACAUUUUUAAUAUAAACUAAUACAUAAAAAACUGUAUAAUACCAACCAAUAAAUUACAGUAUUACACUGUACAUAAUAUUUUUUUUACAGUUCAGUACUGUAAUAUAUUUUACAGUAAUAAACUGUCAUUCCAUAUUACAGUACAUGCACUGUAAAAUUACAGCUCAAAGCCGGAAAAUUUAGCUGCCAGCUGUUUACUGUAAAUUAACAGGA